AUGAAGAUCAAGACGAUUAAAAGGAGCGCAGAUACCUAUGUUCCGGUUAAAAGUACUCAAGAAUCGCAGUUACCACGUAACCUGGACCCAGAAUUGCAUCCUUUCGAAAGAGCUCGCGAAUAUACCAAGGCGCUUAAUGCUACAAAGUUGGAAAGGAUGUUUGCGAAGCCUUUUAUUGGCCAAUUGGGUUAUGGUCAUCGCGAUGGUGUCUAUGUGAUCGCCAAAGAUUAUCAAGAUCUGAACAAAAUAGCAUCAGGAUCUGCUGAUGGUGUGAUAAAAUAUUGGAACAUGUCUACUAGAGGUGAGAUUUGUUCUUUCAAGGCGCAUUAUGGGUUAGUCUCAGGACUUUGUGUUAGCCCGCAGAGAUCCCCUCUGAAUAAAGACCAACAUUAUAUGUUGUCGUGCAGUGACGAUAAGACGGUCAAACUGUGGUCGAUGAAUGGUGACGAUUUUGCAGGUGUUAAAGAUGACCAGAAUAUCAAUAGCACAGAAGGGCUUUUGAAGACUUUUUACGGUGACCAUGCCUUUCAGGGAAUCGAUCAACACAGAACGAGGUCAACUUUUGUUACCGGUGGUGCUCGUAUACAGCUUUGGGAUACUGCCAGAUCGAAACCCGUCAGUGAUUUUUCCUGGGGCGCGGACAACACUACGACCGUGAGAUUCAAUCAAACAGAAACGGACAUUCUUGCUAGCAGCGGAAGUGACAACUCAGUGGUACUUUAUGACAUAAGGACGAACUCGCCGACUCAAAAGAUUGUGCAGCGAUUGAGAACCAAUGCGAUCUGUUGGAACCCAAUGGAGGCAUUCAACUUUGUUAUCGCUAACGAAGAUCACAAUGCGUACUACUAUGAUAUGAGAAACAUGUCUCGUGCCCUCAGCGUUUUCAAAGACCACGUUAGCGCGGUCAUGGAUGUCGAUUUCUCUCCCACCGGUGAUGAGAUAGUAACGGGAUCCUAUGAUAAGACUAUCAGAAUCUUUAAGACGAACCAUGGCCACUCAAGGGAAGUCUACCACACCAAGCGAAUGCAGCACGUCUUUCAAGUCAAGUAUUCCAUGGAUAGCAAAUACAUUAUUAGCGGUUCCGAUGAUGCUAAUGUCAGACUCUGGAGAGCAAGAGCCUGGGAAAGAUCCAAUGUCAAGACCACCAGAGAGAAGAAUAAGCUGGAAUAUGAUGAGAAACUAAAAGAAAGAUUUAAGUACAUGCCUGAAAUCAGAAGGAUAAGUAGGCACAGACACGUUCCUAAAGUAGUAAAGAAAGCGCAAGAGAUUAAACAGAUUGAAUUGAACUCAUUGAAGAGAAGGGAGAUGAAUGAGAGAAGGACAAGAAAAAACAUGCCCUACGUAUCAGAGAGGAAAAAACAAAUCGUUGGGACAGUUUUCGACUAUGAAGGUAAGAAAAAGAAGAAGCAUUCUAGCAAGGACGAGCAUUCGGAUGAGGAGGAGUAG